UUUCAAAUGGCUUCCAAAGUUGCUAUUAUCCUUGCCCUCAACAUUCUCUUUUUCACUGCUGUAACCUCCAAUUAUGUUCCAUGUCCUCCACCACCACCAAAAGAUCACAAACACUCACAUCCACCAAAACCAACUUGUCCUAGAGACACAAUUAAGCUUGGUGUGUGUGCUGAUGUAUUAGGUUUGAUUAAUGUUGAACUUGGUAAAGCACCAAAGACACCAUGCUGUUCUCUCAUUGGUGGUCUUGCUAAUCUUGAAGCUGCUGUGUGUCUUUGCACUGCUCUUAAGGCUAAUAUCUUAGGCAUUAACCUAAAUCUUCCUAUUAAUUUGAGUUUGAUACUUGGUUAUUGUGGAAAGGGAGUUCCAAAGGAGUUCGUUUGCGCUUAAUUUGAUAGAAAAUCCAACUUAAUAUGGUUUUGUUGUGUCACUAUAUUCGUUAUUCUUCAU